GAGGAAGAAUGCGCCAGCCAUGAACACGAACCAGCCGUCUGGUGCAAAUGUGAUGAAACUGCGCUCCUGUGGUUUCCAGCCAAACAGCGCACCUCGAGAAACCGGAUACGGAAGUGAGGUUUGAAAUACAGCUCCAAGACCGCGUUGGAUGCCUGUUUGACACAGAGAUGAGCGGCGAGAACGUGAAGUUGUUUGUCGGGAACCUUCCUUUAGAUGCAACUCACGACGAGUUAACGAAGCUCUUUUCUGCAUAUGGAGAGAUCAACACCUGCUCUUUGCUCAGACAGUAUGCCUUCGUCACUCUGAAGGGAGAGGGGGCAGCAGACAGGGCCAUACGACAUCUUGAUGGCAAAGAGUACAGAGGCAGGCCGCUGGUGGUUGAGGAGUCACGUGCACGCCCACCCAACUCCACUAAAGUGUUUGUGGGGAACCUCGCUGCAACAUGUUCAGCAGAUGACCUCCAUGGGUUGUUUUCAACCUUUGGAAGAGUUUUAGACUGUGAUAAAGUCAAAGCCAGAUUAUGCUCAAAUGUUGGCUAUGCAUUUGUGCAUAUGGAGAGGAAGGAGGAGGCCCUUGUAGCUAUUGACGCACUCAACGGGACCAUGUACAAGGGCCGCCAGUUGGCCGUAGAGCUGUCCAAAGCCCAACCUUUGAUCAACCAGAUUGCAAUGGCUGGAAAUUCAAACAACCAAGGUGGCAGGGACGGUCUUCUUGCGCGACCACCUCCAUCACUAGAGCACCAUCAGAGUCAAGCAGCUGUGCUAGCAGCAGCUGCAGCCGCUGCGGCUGGACUACCAAUACAAGUUCAACAAAGUGUCCAUAACUCAUUCUACAACACAACAGCCUUUGACCCCACCUACGCUGCUUUGAAGGGCAUUACAAGCGCUAAAGGUGCAGAUGGGGUGAUAUACGGUGCUCUAGCCAGCCAGGUGUACGGAACCGUUGCUGACCAGGUGUAUCAAGACUUGGCCAAUCAGAAUUCUUCAACGGUUGCCUCCCUUGAAGAAACGGAUCCACAAACUGGACCAGACCCAACAACGCUUUUCGAGGCAGCAAGAGCAAAGUUCUUUCAGGAGGGGCAGAAGGUUCUGGCAGAGCAGCAGUCGGGAAGAAAAGCAGCACCUGCAGACAGUGAGCGAGAUCGCAGCCCAAUCAGAGGAAGUCGAACCCCGCUCCUCCCCGACCCCGUUCCAGGUUCCUUUGGUCAGAGCCGAUCGAAGCGCCGCGCCCUACUGCCCACGCCACCUGGAGGAGUUGAAGAGCCCCCGGCUGCCGCCAACACACCUGAAUCGUCAGAUCCUGUCACUAGGUCUUACACCGAGUACUACCAACAGCUGCAGCAAUACCAACAGUAUCAACAGUACCAGCAGCAGCAGUACCAGUACCUCCAGUAUGCCUACACCAAUCCCCCCCCUCCUCCUCCGCCUCCACCAGCCACCACACAGGCCUCCACCACAACACCUCCAGGGACGUACUCGGCGCCCCCGACGUACACGGCACCGGGGGCCUAUGACACUUCGGGAAGUUACCACGCCUCGUCAGGGAGCUACACGGCUUCAUCUGGAAACUACGAUGCCGCGACAGGAAGCUAUGAUGCAUCUGGAGGCUACGGGGCACCCGGAGCAUAUGAUUCAUCGGGAGCUUACGCAUCAGCGGGAGGCCACUCCGCAUCCACACCGUAUGAGCAGACACCCGCACACGGGCAACCCACGCCCCAGCGCAAUGAUUACCCUUACAACACGCCAGAACCCCCUUACCGAUAGUCCCACCCCCACACACUCCUUCCACACUGCAGAUGUGUGUGUGUGCAUGUGUAUUUACAUAAGGGACAGUGUAAACCAGAUAGGGAGCAAAGGUCGUAAUUCGAAUGUAAUUCAAAUCGGAAGCAUUUUCCCCGUUCCUCCAUCCUAACCUAGUUUCUAGCCUGUCGGUUGAUGCCUGUGGCUUAGUGGGACAGCCAAGUUUGUAAUAUUGUCACGCGUUCAGUUCCUGUGCGAUGGUGUGAGGCACGGCCGGUUCCCCGUUGGAUGUUAAGAGAGUUUAAAUGUUUCUUGGAACAAAGUUGUACUCGGGGCCAGAGUAGGAUAUCGUAGGAGGGGCUUUUGUUUGUACUGAAUCACGGCCUUUUAUAUACUCUACAUAUACCGCUGUAGGAUUAGGUCUAAAUGUAUGCAUCGUCACACGUUUCAAUUACGGCGCCAAAUGUAACACUGAAUAAUUACUAAAUAACCAUUAAAAAAAAUACUUUAAUUAUAUUAACAGAUGAACUUGACCAAUCUGCCUCUCUGGCCUCUUAACAAGACGCAUGAAGCUUGCGGCCUUCUUUUUAAAAACUAAAUUUGCCGAGGUCCACAUGUACGUAUGAUAACUAUUUUAAAGUCUAAAUUUAGACCCACUCGCUCGUGUUGUGGGGACAAGCCGUGUGGAGUAUGUAACAGGCCUCCGUUUGAAUCCGGCCGCAUUGACCCCCUUUACGACCGCCGGUCGGUCGGUCCAGACAUUCAACGGCCCGAUUGGUAACCGUGGUGACUCCGAAGGCAGGCGGAGGGAGAUGGAGCUGUGCGUCGGCAAGGUUCCUGCUGCCUCGACUGAACGACCUUCUUUUCGUAAAGAUCGAGUGUUUGUCAAUUGACCGGCUGAUUUCACUGAAUGACUCUCGGUUUCAGUUUUUGUCCUCUAUUUUGGGUCGUGGACAUUUUUGAUAUGGCAAAUUAAUAGACGGAUUAUUGCAAAAUGCAACUUCUUGAAUUGAAGGUUUAACGUUCACUUGAGUUUCGUUGCAACCCAAUGAACUCUGGGCGAGUUCCAGACUGCAUUUUGCCCCUUCGCAUUAACGUUUUCUCGGCGUGAAGAAUUAUUACAGUAAAUUUGUAGUCACACGGGAUAUUGCCGAUCUGAUUAUGCACACGUUAAGUCUCAUCGUCACGAGGGAUAGCCAGGUGUAAACAUGACUCGGAUGAAAGGAUGAAAGUACAUUGGGAUAAAACCUUUUCAGCGAUUUAAAUGAUCGUACGUGGCCGAUGUUUUGUUGGAGCGGUUGUCCUCGAUUUACCUUUCUGGAGUUUUCAUGCUUAGCCCGGGCUCUCCGUAUUUUUCGAGGUAUACACAAACUCAGGAGUUAAAUAUAUCCUGUCAAGAGUUUAGUUCAAGUCGGUGUUUGCCUCUAAAAACAUUGGAUCACAGUCAUUAAGUCAUCUGUAGUCGUUCAACCGUCUUUCUUUCUUUGCCAGUGAAGCGUUGUGGCGUGUGUGUGUGUGUGUGUGUGUAUGCGCUCAACGUGCCGCAAAAUCCGACAUUUGCAUUUGAUUUUGAAGUGCAGUUCUAAAAUGAUGAAUGGGAGCCGGCAGCGAUUCACCGUUUGAGCCGAGAGCCGGUCCACGUGUUUCUUCUUUCUCGUGUGGCGUGCCGCAGGUGUGUAGAGCGUCGGGUUAUCGACUGAGUGGACAGGAGGUGACGGUCUUGGUGCUGCAGGUGAAUACGAGUGUUGUUUUGGAUUUAGGAAAGGCCGCUGGUUUUUUUCCGAGUAGCCGUGAGAAGGGCUGACGACGCCCUUUGCUUUCCCCUCUUUUGACCAGAAUCACGCGCCUCUCUUGGACACACGGAGGCUGCCUCUGCAUUCAUACCGCGCCUCGACCCCGCCACACUUCUCUAGAUGUAUUUUAACUGGGUUCAUUUCAUGUUGUUCAUGUACAGCCGGCCACACGUGCAAAUGAUACUCAUGCACACCUAACUCCAUCAGUAUUGUAUGACUUACAGUAGUUCAGUUCGUGAUUGUACCACACCCUAGUUGCUCAUCUUAUUCCUCAUGUGCCACCUGAGUUGGUCGUGCUGUGCUAGGUUUAAGUGACACAUAGGCUCUCUAAAUUGCCACAUUGUUCCACCGUCUCCAUUUGAACUGUUAGUUGCAUGCCUUGUUGUUGCUGCUGCUCCAGCCACCUUCUUCCUCUUGCUGAUUAUUGCAGCUAGAGUGGGAGGGAGCCGAACUGAGCCCUUGCCCUGGACGCCACAAGCAGCUGUAGCGUGGGAUGGGGAAAGCAGCAGCGUUAGGCCUGAAACUGCUGUGGACGAUGGGGUGUCCCCCCACUAAGGUAAACACUCAGACCACACACUCCUGCCCCUCCCUGAGAACACACACACACACGCAUGCACCUAAAUCCAUCUAUUCCUCUCCUGUUUUCAGGGAGUUUUAUGUCAGGACUUCAGAUUUCUGGAAAUUAAAUCUCACGUCCUUUUUUGGGGGGAGAUGAACUUUCUCCUGCGUUUGGUUUUCUCGGUGUCAUAUCCCUGCAUCUUCCUCCCCGAACAUACUCUGCUCUUACAUUCCUGUUGCCACCACACUGACCGCUCACACACCGGAAGCAGACACGCGUAUCGUCUUCUAGUCUCCAUCUGAAGCAGGCACGUUGUUAGUCUACCCGCAUCUUAACCGCCUGCCACUCAAGAGUCCCAGGCAAUACCAGCCGGAGCUGGACGUGGAACAGUUGGAUAGGUGGGUCAUGUUAGUUUAUGUAAAUGUGCCCUCGGGACCACUUUGGGAUAAAGUGCCUUGCGUAAGAGCACAUCGGUAGGCCCUUCAUUUCAGAGUUGAAUAACCUGGCUCGGGAUCGGUUGCUGACUCGACGCUCGACUCCCCUUCUCCCCCCAAACAACGAUUUUUUGAUGCCACAUUCAACUUGUAUGAAUGACGAUGAACACAAUUAUCAUUUUGUUUUAAAUUACAUUUUUGUCCUAUGUUCUUUAAAAUGUUUAAUUAUCAAUAAAUACAUUUGAAUUGAA